CACCACACCUCCUCUGGUUGGAGAGCAGGACGGUGCUCGUCUCCUUCUGUCCCCUCGCUGCAGACCCCUCUGUCUCUGCGUCUCCGCUCACUUUCCUUAUCACUGCUCUCUUCGGCCUCCUUCCCUGGGGAGCGCCGAGUCAAGCCAGCGAGAAGCUUUUUCCUGGACGAUAAUGAUCAAAAGUCACUUUUCAUAGCUCGUUAUCUUUUAUCUUCAAGAAGAAAGUCAGCGGAGUGCAUCUGCUUCAGCUCAGGAUGAAGAGGCCUCGGUUGUUACCCCUGUGUGCCCUCCUGGGGGUCCUGAUGGCAGGACUCCCCUUAAACCUCGAUGCUCAGGAAGACUGUGCACAAGGCUCGGCAGCUGAUGUGUACUUUCUAGUGGAUUCGUCCUGGAGUAUGGGGCAGGAGAACUUUGAACAUGUCAGAACGUUUCUGUCCACCUUGGUAAAGUCUCUGCACCAGGUCGGAGGAGGGCGCUUUCACUUUGCCCUCACACAGUACAAUAGCAGGCCCCAAACGGAGUUCCGCCUCAACACCUACCCAACAGCGCAGGACGUCCUGGCACACAUCAACGCCAUGUCUUACCGCGGCGGCGGCACCCGGACCGGCCUGGGUCUGGACUUCCUCCUCCGUACGCAUUUGACCUCUGCGUCGGGAAGCCGGGCAGCCGACGGCGUGGCCCAGAUUGUGGUGGUCCUGACAGAUGGGCGAUCGCAGGAUGAUGUCGCCGAGCCGGCUAAGGUGCUUCGGAUGGCAGACGUGGAGAUAUUUGCGGUUGGAGUCCAGGAUGCGGUGGACUGGGAGCUCAGGGAGAUGGCUAGCCAGCCGCAAGAAACUCACGUGUUCAAUGUAGACUCUUUUCUGAAGUUGCGGGAUAUAAUUCAGGAUUUAGUAGUGAACCUUUGCGGGGCAGUUACCCGGGUGGGGGGCACUCCCGUGGUCAAUGAGGCCCCUGUGGCUGGACAAGGGACAGCACCAGAAACAGCUGACCUAAUAUUCUUAAUUGACGGAUCACAGAACGUUGGAGCAGCUAACUACCCCUAUGUACGUGAUUGGGUUACGAGAGUCAUUGAGCGCCUCUCUGUGGGCAGGGACGCAAUUAGGGUGGCCCUGGUCCAGUACGACAACGACCCAGAAAUAAAGUUCUAUCUGAAUAGCUUUUAUGAGAAAUCGUCGGUCCUGGAGGCGGUGAAGGGCCUGACCUUCUCAGGUGGCGAUGAAUCGAACCUGGGGGCCGCCAUGGAGGAAGUGGCUGAGAGUCUGUUGAGUGAAUCGGCCGGGGGCCGGGCAAACGAGGGCACACCCCAGGUUUUGGUGAUCGUCAGUGCCGGCGCGUCCACUGAUGACACCGGUGCCGCUCACCGGGCCCUCACGAGGGCCGGUGUCAUCACAUUAGGGGUGUCGAUUGGUGACGAUGCUGCAGCAGAUCUGGACGAGGUGGCCACAGAUAAAAGUUUGGUCCUGAAAGCAGCCAAUUUCAGAGCGUUGACAACCACUGAUGAGCAGUUUGCAGGCUCCAUUAAGGUGGCAAUGAGCAGCAUAAUAUUUGUGACUGAUUUCCCUGAAGUUGUAGCAGCUGGAAAACGAGACGUCAUUUUCUUGUUCGACAGCACGAUGGGAACGGCGGUCGUCAACGCUUUGCGUGACUACAUCAAGCGGUUUGUCAGCGCCAGGGAAAUCGGUCCAGAUGCUGUCCAAGUGGGUAUUGCCCAGUUUUCCACCGCUCCAAGACUCGUGAUGGACCUCAACAGCCACUCAACCAAGGCGUCUUUGCUCAGUGCUUUGGAUUCUGCAGCUACUCUCAGACCAAGACCGGGUCAGACCAUCAACAUCGGCGCCGCCUUAAAUUUUGUGCGGCAGAACAUGUUGAGACCAGAGAAGGGCAGCCGUCAGCGCGUCUCCCAACUUGUGUUGCUUAUUGUCAGUAAAAGGUCCAGUGACAGCGUGGCGGAAGCGGCUCAGGCUCUAAAGGGGCAGGGUGUCCUGACUUUGGCUGCAGGCUCCAGGGCAGCUGCUGAGGAGGAACUGAAGGAGAUCGCCUUUUCUGACAGAAUGGUCUUCAUGGCAAAGGACUUCAGACAACUGUUUCGCAACGCCAGGGAAAUAACCGAUGCCCUCUCCACUCUUUCUGGGACGAUUGUGGAAUUGCCCACUGAUCCAGAUGUGGUGAUCACCACAGUGCAGACGCAGAGAAUGUUUCGAGACAUCGUCUUCCUUGUGGACGGCUCAAACUACCUGGGCAGCAGUAAUUUGCCCUUUGUGAAAGACUUCAUGAUCAACAUCGUCAACCAGCUGAACAUAGGCCCUGAUAAUGUCCAGAUUGGCCUCGUGCAGUUUGCAGAGCGUCCUAGAAUUGAAUUUUACUUGAACACCUACACCAACAAGAAAGAUAUUGUGGACAAAAUCUCUCAACUCACUCUGACUGGAGGCGCAGUAUUAAAUACAGGAGCGGCGAUGAACUAUGCUCUGAACAACAUGUUCCAGCCAGCAGCUGGCUCACGCAAGCCCCUGAAAGCUGAGCAGGUGUUGGUCUUGAUCACAGGUGGCACACCCCAGGAUGAUACCAGCGCUGAAGCUGACAGAUUGGCGGUGGAUAACAUUUUGACUUUCACUGUCACCUCUGGGCAAGCAGACCAAGAAGUGAUGAAAAAAAUCGCAUUUGUUGAAGAUAUGGCUUAUCACCAAAGACGCUUCUCAGACUUACCAGCCUUGGCCGACGUUAUCGUGCCGAGCCUAAUAAGCGUGCAGGGCGCUAUAGAAGUCGAUAAAACAGAAGAGGGUCUAACUGGAGCUGAACGAGACGUGGCUUUCCUGAUUGAUGGCACAGACAGCGUCCGAGCAGACUUUCGCUACAUCCGGGAUUUCAUCCUCACAGUGAUCGAACCCCUUGACAUUGGGAUCGACAGAGUACGCGUUUCAGUGGUUCAGCACAGUGAGAGGCCCUCUCCAGUCUUCUACCUCAACUCUUAUCAGACCAAAGAAGAGGUGAUAAGAGCUGUAAGAGAGAUGACUCUGGCCGGCGGGCGCAACUUGAACACAGGAGUCGCUCUGAAAUACAUGAAGUCCACUAUCAUGUCUGAAAGCAGUGGCAGCCGGGCGGCUCAAAACGUCCCCCAGUUUCUGAUCGUUUUGGCUGCGGACAGAUCCAUGGAUAGUGUAAAAGAACCUGCUGGUCAACUGAAGACAGACGGAGUUGUACCGUUUGGUGUUGGUGUCAAGAAUGCAGACAAGAGGCAGAUUGAGGCUAUUUCACACAACCCUUCCUUUGCUUUUAAUGUGAGGGAAUUCACUGAACUUGGCACCAUACCAUCGAAGGUCAACGCCUAUGUUUCCCUGCCCAAGGACCAGCUGGCAGUGGCCCUCCAGCAAGCGGAGUCGCAAGGCCCUCGCAAAGACAUUGUUUUCCUGGUUGAUGGAUCGGAUGAUGUUGGUCGAGAAUUUGCUAUCAUCCAGGAGUUCAUCCGCAGGGUUGUGGAGAGUCUCAACGUGGGUGAAAACAAGAUUCGAAUUGGCGUGGUCCAGUAUGGUGAUUCUGCCCAGGCUGACAUGCAUCUCAACUCAUAUACAACAAAAGAAGGCGUCCUGAAUGGCAUCAGGGAAAUGAGACAGCUUGGAGGAAGACAGCGUAACCUUGGCCAAGCCUUGCAGUUCCUCAGUCAGAACGUUAUGAUACCAGCACGAGGUAGCAGGAAGCGAGAAGGUGUGCCACAGUUUGCCAUCGUUGUGUCCAAUAGACCCUCAACAGAUGACGUCCGGCGGGAAGCCUUUUCCCUCAAACAAUCAGGAGUCAUUCCAUUUAGCAUUGGCACCAGAGAGAUCAACCCCGAAGAGCUACGUUUGGUGUCAUUUGUCUCAAAAUACUCCUUCCCUGUUGAUGAUCUUCCUGGCUUGUACCAAGUCCAAGAAAGCCUCAUCAACACACUAACAGAGUUAUCAGAUGAAGAAAUUGCAAGAUUGAGGCCUGAAUUUCCAGAUUUUGGAGUAGUCACGCCACCACCAGCAGUAGGACAAGAUAGGAGGGAUGUUGUGUUCCUCAUCGAUGGCUCUUCUGCAACACGUAGCGAGUUCCCAUCCAUUCGCCAAAUGAUAAGAAGAGUUGUGGACCAGCUGGAUGUAGGACUCGACCGGGUCAGAGUUUCCGUGGUGCAGUACAGCGAUGAUCCAAAACCAGAAUUCCUUCUGAAUGAGUACUCCACUAAAGGCGAAGUUCAACAGGCUGUCUCAAAACUCGCGAGCAUGGGUGGAAGUCGCCUCAACACGGGCCGUGCCCUUGAGUGGGUUUCCAGGAACAUCUACCAGAGAUCUGCAGGAAGCCGGGUGGAGGACGGCGUGCCUCAGUUCCUCAUUCUGGUCACCGGCGGCAAGUCCUCAGAUGAUGUGUCAACACAAGCUGACCAGCUGAAGAGAAACCAGGUUGCACCUGUUGCCAUUGGUUCAAGAAAUGCAGAUCGAGAUGAACUUCGACAGAUUUCCCUAAAGCCAGAGCUCGUGUACACCGUUGACAGCUUCCAACAACUUUCAAGAGUGGAACCGCAACUCAUUAAUUCAGUCAAAACAAUAUCCACCGCUGAUAUCAUCCAGAGUUACGUUCCAGUGGUGGACGAAGGUGGUCUGGAUAUCGGGAAAAAGGAUAUCAUCUUCCUCAUUGAUGGCUCAGACAGCACAGGUCCCAAUGGAAUCGCUCAUAUUCGAGACUUUAUCAUCAGUAUUGUCCAAAAGCUCACUGUGCACCCUGAUAAAGUCCGUGUUGCUAUUGUCCAGUAUUCAGACAGAAGCAAAACAGAGUUCUCACUCAAGACACAUUACGACAAGCAAUCUGUGGUGUCUGCUAUCAAACGCCUCCGUCAGAUAGGUGGACGUUCCUCAGAACUGGCCAAAGCCAUUGAUUACGUCUUAGAUAACGAGCUGAAAACAUCGGCCGGAGCGCGUCUGCAGGAGGCCUCCCAGCAUCUUGUAGUUCUUUCAGGGAGACGAUCCACCCAACCCGUUACUCUCUCUGGACCUCUGCUAAAGAACAAACGGGUGAACUGCAUCGGUGUUGGGACUGGCAACGCUGACAGAGCUCAGCUAAGGGAAAUUGCCACAUCCCAAGAAGAUGUUUUUACAGUAGCUACAUUCCCCGACUUGCCGAGAGUAAAAGAAAAUGUUAUUUUAAGGCUGAGCGGGGUUGCAGGAGUCCCUUCACCCCCAGAUGUUACUCCAACGGAUGAUCAGCCUGAAUCCAAAAAGGCCGAUAUAGUCUUCUUAAUGGAUGGAUCCAUCAAUGUGGGCCAGGAAAACUUCAAGGAAGUCAGGGAAUUCAUCAUGAAUCUGAUUGAUUCGUUCUUCACGGAGAGAGACAACCUCCGAGUUUCCCUUGCUCAGUAUGCUGCAGAUGUGACCGAUGCCUUUUACCUCAACACCUACAGCAACAGGGACGAUGUUGUAGAUGCUAUUAGCAAGAUACAAUACAAAGGCGGACGUGCAGUCAGGACUGGUGAUGCCAUCCGCUAUGUCCAAAACGUCCAUUUUACCAAGGAGAGAGGGAGCAGGAUAGAUGAAGGCAUUCCUCAGUUCCUCAUGCUGAUCACGGGAGGUCGCUCAGAUGACGAUGGGAAGACAGCAGCUCUGGCUCUGAAGAGCCGGGGAGUGAAAGUCUUUGCCAUAGGAGUGGGAGACAUUCAGGACGAGCUGGAGAACCUGGCGAGUCAAUCUUCCACCACGGCACGAGCACAGGCCUACGUGGAGCUAUCAGAGCUCAACGAAUCAAUCCUGGGGGCUCUGGACGACGAACUGAAGGGCAAGCCUUGUGUCGAUUCCAAACCCUGCAAUGUUGAGGUGUUAGUUGGCUUUGACGUGUCUGGCCGGGACAUCUUCAGCACUCAAACCAACCUUCAGACCAAGGUGAACGCGAUCCUGCAAAGAAUCUCCAAAAUGGUUCCGAUCAGUUGCUCUGCAGGGCAAAGCCCGUCUAUCCAAGUAGGUAUGCUUGGCUUGGACUCUGCCUCUGGGCCAGUCCAGCUGGACUUCAAGGACAACCCUGACGAGCUAUUUGAGGCCUUCAGAGCCCUGCGCAGUCGGGGGCCCUUCCUUCUCAAUGCUCAGACCAUCUCUGCCUACAAGAACCGCUUCCAAGUCAGACAGCCUGACACCAUCAAGGUUAUCAUUCAUCUGACCGACGGUCUUGAUGCUCCAUAUGCUGAAGUAAAAAGACGAGUUGAAGAACUUCGUCAGUCAGGAGUGAAGAGCUUCAUUCUGGUCGGGCUGGAGCGAGUGCAACGUUUUGAGGAGGCUUUGCUCUUGGAAUUUGGUCGUGGCUUUAGGUACACAAGACCCCUAAGACUCAACGUCAUGGACCUGGACUACGAACUUAUGGAGGAACUGGACAACAUUGCAGAGAGGGAAUGCUGUGGAGUUCCAUGCAAAUGUACUGGAAACAGAGGAGACAGAGGGGCGGUUGGAAUGCCAGGGCUUAAGGGUAGUCCAGGAUUUCAAGGAAGCCCAGGACAUCCUGGUGACGAGGGUGGACCAGGAGAGAGAGGUCCUCCUGGUGUUAAUGGGACUCAGGGUUUUCAGGGAUGUCCUGGACAGAGAGGUGUCAAGGGCUCUCGUGGGUUCUCAGGAGAAAAGGGUGAAUUAGGAGAAAUCGGACUUGAUGGCAUCAAUGGAGAAGAAGGGCAAAGUGGCAUUGCUGGGCCUCCAGGAGACAGAGGAAACCCUGGUGCUAGAGGUCCAAAAGGAGCCAAAGGAAAAGCCGGCGAUGCUGGACAAAGAGGAAUCAGAGGAGAUCCUGGAACAAGGGGACGAGACAACAGCACCCCGGGACCUAAGGGAGACCCUGGUGAUAGCGGACCGCCGGGAUAUCCUGGUGUUGAUGGAUCCAAAGGAAGUCCUGGAGAACUUGGCAGAGCGGGACUUGAUGGUAGAAGAGGCCAACCAGGACAACCUGGACUUCCAGGGAAGCCGGGAGACCGAGGCCUGAGAGGACAGCCUGGUAUCGCAGGUUCCAGAGGUCCAGCUGGACCGAUUGGUACACAAGGACCCAAAGGGGAGGAUGGGAACCCUGGACCAAGAGGUCCCGGAGGUAACCCAGGUCCAGCCGGAGAAAAGGGAAGAAGAGGACCUCUGGGACGCAAGGGAGAACCAGGAGAUCCAGGAGCUGCCGGUGUUCCUGGACCCAUCGGCCCCCACGGAGAGCCUGGUCAAGAUGGCAGAGAUGGAGCUGGUCCAAAGGGAGAAAAAGGAAGAAAGGGUGAUGAGGGUUUCCCAGGAUUCGCUGGACCCAAGGGAGCAGCUGGAGACCCUGGCACCAAAGGUGGACCUGGACCCAGAGGAAACCGAGGACAAAGAGGAGUAUCAGGGGAUAUUGGAGCACCUGGACAGAAGGGAGAAGUUGGUUAUUCUGGACCUGAUGGCGCCAAAGGACCCAGAGGACCAGGUGUUGUGCAAUGUGACCUGGUCAAGAAGAUCAGAGAUAACUGCCCCUGCUGUUUCGGUAAGCAGGAGUGUCCGCUCUACCCCACCGAGCUGGCCUUCGCCCUGGACAUCUCCACGGCUGUCGACCCUCAAGUCUUCAACAAAAUGCGGGACACGGUUGCCCUCCUGGUCAGGAACAUCACCAUCGCUGAGAGCAACUGUCCCAGAGGCGCUCGUGUUGCUCUCACCUUGUACCACAACGAGGUCAUCACCGAGGUGCGGUUCGCCGACGCCAUGAAGAAGCGCUCCCUGGUGGAUCGCAUCGAGGGACUGCAGAAACCGAGAACUCAGAGCAGGGAUGCCAGUUUGGAGGGAGCCAUGAGCUUCGUGGCCCAGAGCACCUUCAAGAGAGUCCGCAGUGGCUUCCUGAUGAGGAAGGUCGCCGUCUUCUUCGUUGGUCAUCGGGUGAAGCAGACACAGAAGCUGACUAACGCCGCUCUUCGCCUUCACAACGCUGGCAUUUCUACGUUGUUGUUGGUGAACAGAGAGAACCGAGAACUGAGCCGGGCGGUGCAGGUCAACAACACGGCGUUGGCCCAGGUGAUCGUUCUCCCUGACUCUGGAAGCUCACAGUACAACUCAGUCUUCCAGAAGAUCCUGAGCUGCCACGUCUGCUUCGAUUUCUGCUCUCCAGAGCAGAUUUGUGACUACAUUCCGCCGUCAGCGGGCAGAGAUCGGCGGUCGUUGACGUCUGACGUGGACGUGGACAUGGCCUUCGUCAUCGACAGCUCUGAGUCCACCUACCCGUCCGUCUUCAUGGAGAUUAAACGAUACAUAGCUCACAUCGUAGAGGCUCUCCAUGUGUCCUCAGAUCCAACGGCGUCCGUCCACCACGCCAGAGUGUCUGUCAUACAGCAAGCCCCGUACGAGUUCAUCCACAACCAAACCGGCUCUCCCAUCCGCGUGGACAUCGGCCUGACGGAGCACGCCUCGGCUCAGGACAUCAUCAGAGCUUUGCUGGAGAAGACGGAGCAGCUGGAGGGCGGCCGGGCCCUGGGGCCGGCCAUCGAGUCGACGGUGGAGCAGGUGUUUGGGAAGGCGCCGCUGCAGCGGGACAGGAAGGUGAUGGUGCUCUUUGUGACCGGCGGCGUGGAGAAGGAGGAGGAGCAGCUGGUCCGCGCCGCCAGCGAGGCCAAAUGCAGAGGCUACUUCCUGGUGGUUUUUGGCGUGGGUCCGUCGGUGGGACCCAGGGACGCCGGCGUCUUGUCCCGCAUGGCCAGCCAACCGUCAGACGUCUUCUUCAAGCGCCUGGAACUUGUUUCUGACUUCUAUGACAAACACAUCCAGACGUUUGGGCAGCUGUUUGCAAAGUACAUCAGCUUUGAAAACCAGCAUGAAGACUCUAAGAACUGCCGGUGGACGCAGAGUGACCAGCCGCUGAAAAGCCCACUCCCACAGUCUCACCAUCAGGAAAAACACCAGAAAAGUCAUGAAGGUCACCAAGCAGUUCAUGAAAAAAAGCACAACGAUGCACACGAGCUGCACGUCUCCAACGUGACCUCCAGCAGCUUCAGGUUACGGUGGAGCAACCCAGAAGCCAAACUCUUCGUCUACUUUGAGGUGGUGGUGACUCGGCUGUACGACCACGCCCUGGUGGUGAAGACCAACGUUUCAGGCACAGAGAUCGUGCUGGACAACCUGGAAAGCUCCCAGACGUAUCACGCCGUGGUCACAGCGUACACAGCAGAGGGUCAGACUGUCUCCACCCGCAAGGGGAUCAUCAAAACCAAAGCAGCCAGUCAAAGCAGCAGUGCUGUAAACACCAGACCGCUGGACAAACCAGAGACGGUCAAUGACCUGGCAGACCCGUGCUCACAUGACUUUGACCCUGGAAUGCCGUGCAAAGACUAUCAGGCUAAGUGGUUCUUUGACAGAAAGAAUGGGUUCUGUUCAGAGUUCUGGUAUGGAGGUUGUGGAGGCAAUGAAAAUAGGUUCGACACAGAAGCCCUUUGCUUGCAAAACUGCAUGAGGGCCCCGGAGCCUCAACCAGAGGAGCAGCAAGCUGAACCGGUGGAGAUUCUUCCGGCUCCUGCGGGUAUCACAUCCGUGGACAUUUGCCAGCUCCCCAAAGAAGAAGGCAAAUGUGCAAAAUUUGUUCUGAAGUGGCACUACGAUGCUGAAAGCCAGAGCUGCGUGCGCUUCUGGUACGGCGGCUGCGGUGGAAACCAGAACCGCUUCGACACAUACGAGCAGUGUGGGAAGGCAUGUGGAACAUCCGCACCAGUCAGCCAAAGAGUCGUCGCUACACUGAGGACAUAGAAGGUGGCCGGCUUUACCUCUGUUUGCAGAACCAUCCCAAAUGGCCACACUGUAAGGAAGCCUUGCUGAAGCAAUGGCGGCAGCACUGGACUCAACAGACAUGAACUUUACCCCCAAACGCCCUGAAGACCGUCUGCUGCGUGAAACCUUUAACCAACUGGUGCUAAAUCUCUGAGUUGAAUAAAUGCAGCAUUUUGUGUCUGGAACCACGAUGUAAAACACGCUUUCAUGUUUUUUCAAGAGCAGUUUUUAGAAUGAAACAGGAAUCACUUGGACAAAGAUGAGAAUUAAAUGUGUAAAAGCAGGACUUUGGCUGUGGUUGAACCGGUCGUCAGACUCGGUCUUUGUUUCCUGGUUUUUUGUUUCCUGGUUCUUUCUGCAGUGCUCACACCGCUCUGUGCAGCCAUGUUGGUCCUCCCUCAGCCAGACGCGCUGAUUUAAAUGUUAGGCGCACUUCCUCCUUUAAAAAUGUCCAGCUGUUUAGAAAGGGGACGUAACGUCACUCUGUUUGGUUUUUAAUGAAGUUUAUCUGUCAGUUUGUGUAUGAGGAAAUAAAAACCAAGAAGACUUUGUAAUAAACAUGAGCAACUGA